AUGCAACUAAACACUGGCAAUGAUGUAAGAGGCUGGUCUAUUGUUGGAGAUUAUUUGGAGGCUUCGAUUUUUAUAGGAGUGGCGUGCGUUGAUCUUCUUCUUCGGAUCGAACUCCAGCUUUCUCUCACUGAUCUUGAUGACGAGAAAGAACUCAGAAAAUUGCUAGGGACUGGAAUGGAUACGCAGGAUGCAUCUCCUUCAAUGUUGCUGUUCUUUGACAAGCAAAGAUUUAUAUUUAAUGCUGGAGAGAGAUUGCAACGGUUCUGCACAGAGCAUAAGAUUAAGUUAUCAAAGGAGAAAUGGAGAUUUAAAGAGAGAAGUUAUGGAUUUGAUAAGGGUUUAGGGUUUAGGGUUUACUAUCUCUAA